AUGCCGCCCAGCUCCACCAGCUCAUCAAAGAGCUUGCGCACCCUCAGUCGCGCUCUGGAUUCGUUCUCGGCCGCGACCCCAACGCUUUGCGACAUUAUCUGCGCGCACUCUCGCGUCACCAACAGACACCUCAUGUUCGGUUUCGACGGCGACCACAUAGUCAUGGACGACGUGUCGUCGGGCGGGAGCGAAGUCAGUCUCGACGGCCGCGGCCGCUGCUUGACGUGUCCGAAGCCCAACAAGCCGUGCAGGUUCAUCCUGCCUCCAGGGAGCAUGGUCACCAUUUCGAUACCGAGCUUCGAGCUGUAG